AGUUUUUUUCUCCACAGAAUGGAGGUAAUAAUAUUUCAAACAUUGUCACAGAUUUGAAUGGUUUUGCUGGAUGUCAGAGGCACGAAGGAUCUGAUUUUGUCUAAGGAAACAUCAAACUGUAUGUAAUGGAAACAUAUAUGUAAUGAACACACACACCUACACUCACCGAAAGAAUUAGGAAUGUCAUAUUACAUCAAGGACACGUGAGCCGGUGUCAUCAGCUGUCAUCUGCAUUCCAGUUAAAUACUGCAAACAGGUUGAGGCACGUCACACACUAAGCUGUCUUGUAGACACUUGCCUACAUCUGAAGUCACCUGUAACACAGUGAGCAUGGCAUCGGUGUCGAACAGCUCCCGCCUCAACAAGACUGUGCGCCAGCAGUACAUGAGCCUGCCGCAGGGAGAGAAGUGCCAGGUCACCUACAUCUGGAUCGACGGCACCGGAGAGGGACUUCGCAACAAGACCCGGACCCUGGACAGUGAGCCAAAGAGCAUAGAAGAUAUUCCUGAGUGGAACUUUGAUGGCUCCAGCACAUACCAGGCCGAAGGCUCCAACAGUGACAUGUACCUCGUGCCAGUCUGCAUGUUCAGGGAUCCAUUCACCCUGGACCCCAACAAACUGGUCCUCUGUGAGGUCCUCAAAUACAACCGCAUACCUGCAGAAACUAACCAUCGAGCGCACUGCAAGAAAGUGAUGGACCAGGUUAAAGAUCACUGCUUGUGGUUUGGCUUGGAGCAGGAGUACACGCUCUUGGGAGUGGAUGGACAUCCUUUUAGUUGGCCCUCAAAGGGAUACCCAGCACCCCAAGGACCUUACUACUGUGCAGUGGGGGCAGACAAUGCUUAUGGACGGGACAUUGUGGAGUGCCACUACAAGGCCUGCCUCUAUGCUGGGGUUAAAAUUUUUGGCACCAAUGCUGAAGUUAUGCCAUCUCAGUGGGAGUUCCAGGUGGGUACCUGUGAAGGCAUCGAGAUGGGCGACCAUCUGUGGGUUGCACGCUUUCUGCUGCAUCGUGUUUGUGAAGAUUUUGGGGUUGUUGCAACACUGGACCCCAAACCAAUGAAGGGCAACUGGAACGGUACUGGUUGCCACGCGAAUGUCAGCACCAAGCAGAUGAGGGAAGAAGGAGGACUGCAAUACAUCGAGCAGGCCAUCAAGAAGCUGAGCGAAAAACACGCCGAGCACAUCAAGGUGUAUGACCCACAUGGAGGGCAGGACAACAUCAGGCGUCUCACGGGCCACCAUGAAACCUCCAGCAUCGAGAAAUUCUCUUACGGAGUGGCCAGCCGAGGCACCAGCAUCCGCAUCCCUCGCCAGGUGGGCCAAGAGAAGAAAGGCUACUUCGAAGACCGCCGUCCUGCAGCAAACUGUGACCCAUACUGUGUGACGGCGGCCAUCGCAAGCACCUGCCUGCUUGAAUAAGAAGACAAACAGGAGAGCAAGUAGGAGAAAGGUACCUGCUAUGUAGCAAAAUACCUGAGUUGAACCUUUGAAAAACGUGCACUUGCAAGAUGAAGAAAUGAAGACAUAAUGUUUAUUGUUAUUUCUAUAUUACUAAUUACAAAGUUUCUUGGCUAUACAUAUCCAUGAGCACAGACAGCUACUUCUCCAAUACUGUAACUAUCCUUAGAAACGAGAAAUUGACAAAAUAUUUAGCACAGCAGCUCUGUCAGAACUGGAAAUAACGUUUUUUCUUUUUUUUUCUGAUCAUGCACAUCGUGCAUUUUGUGUUGCAUUAAUAUAAUAUAAUUAUUAUUUCUUAAACCUGGUGCUAGGCCUGCAUGUGUGAAGUGAAAUAAAGACACAAUGAUGCUGUA